AGAUGCUAAUCUAGACAUAAAAGUUGAUGUUUUUCUUGUUGUUACCGAUUUUGUUUGUAUUUAAUUUUCCGUUACAUUCCACAUUCAUUUCAUAAGUAAACCUUGUUGUUCAUUAGAUUGUGAUGUUUGAAUAUUCUUGACUCUGGAUCGAGUGAAACGAGGGAUCUAAAGAAGAAGAGAGGCUCGAUUAUAUUAGUAACAAGCAAACCUUGUAUGUGUAUCUUCGAGAAUUUUGGAGAUAAAUACCAAUUAGAAGGUUUUGAAGGCAAGAAAGAAAACAUUUGGCUAUGUCUCUUAGUAAGGACCUUAUAUUCUUGAUAUUGCAAUUCUGCAAAGAGGAGAACUUCACGAAAACUGCUCGCAUGUUAGGGCAGGAGUCAGAGUUAUUCUUUGACAUGGGACAUAUUGAAGCUCUCGUUCUCGGUGGCAAGUGGGAUGAAAUUGAGAACUAUCUUUCAGGUUUCACUGGUGUCACUGAAAGCAGAUAUUCUAAAAAAAUGUUUUUCGAGAUUAGGAAACAGAAGUUCCUUGAGGCACUCGACAGGCAAGAUCGUAAAACUGCUCUUGAGAUCCUUAUGAAAGACCUUCAAGUGUUUGCCGAGACAAAUAAAGAGCUUUAUGCUGAGAUGACUCAGCUUCUUACAUUCGAUAACUUCAGAGAACAUCCUUCACUUGCUUUAUAUGGAGACACAUUAACUGCUAGGAACCGCAUAAUGAAGAUACUUAGGGUUGUCAUUGAAACAAACCCCCAGUUAAAUGGAAAACUCCACUUUCCAGAAUUAACCAAGUCAAGAUUGCGCCGUCUAAUUAAUCAAAGCUUGAACUGGCAGCAUGCUCAUUGUGCAAAUCCUCAGCAAGAACCGGAGAUCAAAACACUCUUCAUUGAUCACAAGUGUUCCAUACCUGAAGAUCAAUCGAUUAUGCAAAGGCCAGGGCCUACCCAAACCAUAUCGGCUGCAACCCCAGAUCAUUUGGUUUUGCAAAUGCCCAGGCCUAGCAAAAUCAUAUCGGCUGCAACCCCAGCUCAGUCGGAUACGCAGAUGCCAAGGCCUAGCAAUACCAUAUCGGCUGCAGCCCCUGAUAAGUCGAUUAUGCAAAUGCCAAAGCCUAGCAAAGCCAUAUCGGCUGCAACCCCAGCUCAGUUGGUUAAGCAAAUGCCUGGGCCUAGCAAAGCCAUAUCGGCUGCAACCCCAGCUCAGUUGGUUAAGCAAAUGCCUGGGCCUAGCAAAGCCAUAUCGGCUGCAACCCCAGCUCAGCCGGAUACACAGAUGCCAAGGACUAGCAAAGCCAUAUCGGCUGCAACUCCAUCUCAGCCGGAUACACAGAUGCCAAGGCCUAGCAAAGCCAUAUCGGCUGCAACCCCAGCUCAGCCGGAUACACAGAUGCCAAGGCCUAGCAAUACCAUAUCGGCUACAACCCCAGAUCAGUUGAUUAUACAAAUGCCAAAGCCUAGCGAAACCACAUCGGCUUCAAAUCCAGAUCAGUCGGUUGUGCAAAUGCCAAGGCCUAGCGAAACUACAUCGGCUUCAAAUCCAGAUCAGUCGAUUACGCAAAUGCCAAUGCCUAGCGAAACUACAUCGGCUUCAAAUCCAGAUCAGUCGUUUACGCAAUUGCCAGGGCCUAGCGAAACUACAUCGGCGUUUAAUCCAGAUCAGUCGUUUACGCAAAUGCCAAGGCCUAGCAAAACCAUAUCGUCUGCAAACCCAGAUUGUCAACAAAUACAUUAUUCUAGUUCUUCCAUUGUAACUGAUGACAUAGCUUCUGCUUCUACUUCGAAGGCUGUUCAGGAUUCUGGUAAUUUAUCUGAUGUAAACACUACAAGGAAUAUGAACGAGAAAGUGUUAUCCAAAACUGCUCCUUGUCAAGACCAGGAUGCAUCGGUUAACCUCUCGGAUGACUUUCCGAAGACCGUUGAACGUGUUUUAACCAUUGGCAAUCCACCGACGGCCAGCGAUUAUCCAACAAUCAGAAGCAUUUAUCCGACGGUCAACUAUUAUCCAACCACAAUGGAUUUUCACCCUGUUCAACAGACACUUCUGAUAGUUGGAGACGGUGGUGGAAGCGUAGAGCUGUGGGAUGUUAGUUCUGGAAAAAUGUUGUUUCGAAGAACGUUAAUGAUCUGGGAAGUAGAGGUUUUUUCACCGGACUUUCUGAAAAGUAUGGGUGAAGAUCCGAGGAUCUCAGUAAAUCGAGUCCUAUGGAAUCCCGAUGGCUCUCUCUUUGGGGUUGCAUCCUCUAAGAACAUUGUUCAACUAUAUAGUUAUCAUAAUAAUGACAAUCAUGCUGAAAACCAUCUGGAGAUUGAGGCUCAUUUUGGAAGUAUAAAUGAUCUUGCAUUUUCUAAGCCAAAUAACCAACUUCUUGUCAUAACGUGCGGCGAGGACAUGUUGGUCAAGGUCUGGAAUGCUAACAAUGGUGCGAAACAAUAUACUUUUGAAGGUCAUAAAGCCCCCGUUUACUCUCUUUGCCCUCACGAGAAGGAAGAUGUUCAUUUUAUAUUAUCAACAUCAACUAAUGGUGAAAUAAAAGCAUGGAUAUAUGAAAACUCGGGACCAUGUGUUUCUUACGAGGCUCCUAGUAAAUGUUGCAUGAGAAUGCUUUACAGUGCUAAUGGUAAAAGGCUUUUUUCAUGUGGGACUAAUAAAGAUGGAGACUCCCACUUGGUGGAAUGGAAUGAAACUGAUGGUUUCAUAGUAAGGACCUACCUUGGACUUGGCAAAUGUUCUUCGGGUGUUGUGGAAUUCGAUAUCAGCAGGAAUAACUAUGUGGCUGCUGGAGAUUCCCAUGUAAUCAAAUUUUGGAAUGUUAAUGAUGCUCAACUCUUGACAGUUGUCGAUGCUGGUGGAGACCUUCCUGCAAGUCCAUAUGUUCGAUUCAACAAGAAUGGCACUUUAUUGGCUGUCUCUGUGGAUCAUAACAGUGUCAAAAUCUUGGCAAAUGAUGGUGGCCGCAUUUUGCUUCAAACUUCAUUGGAUGCCUCUACAUAUCUUUCUACAAGAGAGCUUGCAGGCAAUUCCCUAAGUGGUCCUGCUAAUAGUAGCUCGAUUGAUGGCAUUGUCCCUCCGGAAAUGACAGCAGAAAACCUGGCAAAGAUGGAGCAUCACAAGAUAUUAGGGAAUCCGAGCACCUCUAAGGUCGUCCAAAUUUCACGAUGUCAAUCUUUGAGGCUCCCCUCGGAAGUGAAGACAAAUAAGGUGUGUAGGUUAGCAUAUGCUCAGGCAGGAAAUAUUCUUGUGGCCUUAGUCACAGGUGGUAUUCAUCUAAUCUGGAAAUGGUCCGAGAGUGAUUCUAAUUUGACUGGCCAGACAACACCAAAAUGCACUCCUCAACUAUGGCAACCAAGGAGUGGGGUGGUUCCGGAAAACAGUCUGCUCAGUAGUGAUGCAGGAGCAGUUUCACCUUGCAUAGCUUUGACCAAUAAUGGUUUUUAUGCACUUUCGGCAUCCGGAGGAGCGGUUUCUAUAUUUAAUAUAAACCUCUAUAAGAUUAUGAAAAGUAUCACACCUCCUAAACCUGCAGCAACAUGUAUCGCUUGCCACCCGACUAAUAACAAUGUGAUUGCUGUUGGGAUGGAUGAUUUGACAAUCAUUGUCUACAGUGUCCGUACGGAGGAGUUAAUAAGCAGGCUUAAUGGACACUCUAAAAGGAUUACUGGACUAGCAUUCUCUAACACAAUGAAUGUGCUUGUUUCUUCAGGAGCAGACUCUCAGAUAGUGGUGUGGAAUUCAACAAACUGGGAGAGGGAAGGAAGUACAAUGUUGCAGACAUCUGCAGACUGGUUACCAACAGAAGUAUCAGAGACAUCUGUCGAAUUUCAGCGAGAUGAGAAAUGCUUCCUUGUUGUACAUGAGACUCAAAUUGCAAUCUAUGAACCAACAAAGCUAGAAUGUGUGAAGCAGUGGAUAAUCAAAAACUUCUGUGCGCGAAUUUCACAUGCAACAUUUUCAUGUGAUAGUGAGUGGAUAUAUGCUGUUAUGAAAGAUGGGAUCGUUUUGAUACUCUCUGCUUCAGAUCUCUCUCCCAAAUAUGAGAUUGAUCCUUCUACUUUCCUCACUUCUGAUUUGAGUUGCAGUGCUCAUGUGUUCCCUGUGGUGGUUGCUGCUCAUCCUGAAAAUCCAAACCAGUUAGCUUUGGGUUUAAACGACGGUGGAGUAGUCGUUAUUGAACCUUCAGAGUCUGAUGGUAAAUGGUGUGAGCCACCCAACGCCACGACUCUUACCAAUGAGCAACCAAUAUAGCAGUAGUUAACUUCGUCCAUUUGAUGAUUUGUCAUCACUUAGAGCUGCUUCUUGCUAUUGACAAACAAUAACUAUAUUUAUUUUAUUUUCAUAAAGACCAUGCUAUAAAUGGACAACUAUUUAUGUACUCUUAUAUGUUAUUUAUGUUUCAUGUGAAA